AUGAUAACUGUUCAUGUUCAGACUCUUCUAAUAAUUCUUUUCUGGAAUUCUGAUUGUCAGAUUAUUCCCAGGAUUGAAGAAUGUGGACUUUCAUGUUCUCAGGGGAUUCAUUGUAAAAGCAAACCUUCCAGUGGUAUUUUUAACAGCUUCUGCCAUGAUGCUCCUGCAUCUUUAUCUUCUAUGGUAAUGAAAAGCAUGAAGAUCUCAACAGUGAUGAAAUGCAUCCAAGGAAGGCAGUGCUCUCUUCACUUAAAUGUUAAAGGAACACUGAGUCUGGAUGAAAAUAUUCGUGGGCUGGAAAUAUGUUCUCUUUCACUGGACACACAACAAUCUCAGUGCACAAAUGUGAGGUUUGCUAGGAAAAAAGGCAAGAUGCUUAAUGGAAAGAAGGUACAGGUACAAUUCAACUGCUUUGAAGUCAACAUAGCACAACACAUCUAUGUGACCAUGAAAACAGUACCAAACUACUGUGAAGUGAAGUUGAGUCAGGAAUACUAUGUUGAAGAUUGCAGAAACAAUGAUGUGGGAAAACACAUUCCAGCCUGUUUGGGUGGAAAGUUAGGCUAUUAUGUAGACCGGGCAAGGAAAGUCGUAUCAGUGAAUGUAUCCAACUUUCCUCGAGAUCAAGACUAUUAUGUCCGUUUAUGCCGCAAGUGGUUUAUCUGUGAAGAUGCAGGGGCAUUUGCUGUGAUAAAAGGGAAGGAAUCCUUAAAAUCAGUUUCUCUGAAAUAUUCUCAGCUACUCCCUUGUCUUUGCAUUGAGGGUUGGUUGGCAAUUCCAGAUGCAAGGAGGACACAACUUUGCCCCUUUGAAAAUGAUACGAAGGCAUUAUGGGAUAAUAUUGUUUAUAAUCCAGUCACACAAACCCUAGCUUGGGAGCCAGCCUGUCCUGUGUUUGUCACGGUUAACUUGUGCAGGUUAAUGAAGUCUGACGACCACUGUGAAGAUAUACAAAACACUUCAAAAAAUUCUCUUGAGAAACAGGUUAAAUAUUCUCGUGUAGACACUCACCCAAGGCUUUGCAUGAAGUUUACAACCAAGCAAGGCUCUUGGGUUAAAUGUCCAUUUGCUCAUGGAGAAUUCCCAGCUUGGAAAAUGAGAGCUGCUGCAGUGGCAGAACAGAUACAAGUUUUCUUCACAUCCCAAACCAAGGCACAAUUCUUAGUGCUGGUGUGUAACAGGACGCAGCUGGCCUCAUGUGAAUCUGUUGGGAUGCGCCAGUCGGUCUCUGUGGGAGAUUCAUUAUCAAUCACUAUGUCACGGGAAAUGUGUGCGUCCACAAUUUGCAUUCAGGGCUGGAGGACAGAUGUAGAUUAUUCAGUUCCACUACAGAUCUGUGAUAUCCACUGUGGUUUUCACAGAGAGACAUAUAGUGAUGGAAGCCCAGCAAAGGCCAUGAAACACAGAAUGAAGAGUGUGCAUUCCUUGCAUUGAAGAUGGAUACAGGUGAAUUUACCAAAACAUUUUCAAGAUCCUUAGAUCUCCUCAACAUCAAGUUGUCUUUUGGUGUGACUUGCAAACCCUCUGUAAGUUGUUGUCUCUCAUGUUAAUAGUUUCUGCUAACUACUGUGGGAUUAUUCUCAUGAGUGAAAAACUUAGCAAGUUAAGCCUAUUUUAACAUUUCCAACAGAAGCUGGAUUAUGAUUCCUCAUUUCCCAGUAUUUCAAAAACAAAAAAUGUCUUAGAUCAUGUAACCAGAUAAUCAGGUUCACAUUUUCUUUCUAAAUUAAUGUUUUAUAUAUAAUGUGCUAUAAAUGGGCACUUUCUUAGUAUCUUGUGUUUCUACAGAAUGACUAUUUCAGACUUCCUUAUUUGUAACCUUCCUUUUUAAGCCAUAAGCAAAAGUUUUUGGGAAAUAAAGAAGAAUAGAGGAAGAUUUUUUCAGCUUUGUUGCAUUAUCCUACCUUGUAUUUCCUUUGUUUUCUGAUGCCAUUCUGAUGACCUCACUGUGAGAGACUGUAUUCCUGAAAUCUAUCUAACAAUAGCCUUCUGUGUUGUUUGCAUUUGCAUUUGACUUGGAGAAAACCUUCCUACUUGUCUGAGGAGGAACAAGUCUUUGGUUUGAUAGCUAUUUAAAUGUCAUGUGGAAAUCCAGCCUAGAAGGAAAGUGUUUAAUGGAAAGAAUUGAAGUAUUUUUUUUCUCAUUAUAUCAGUAUUCAUACUCAACAGUUGAGAACAAUAUUACACACUGUACUGAUUAUCAAGCAUUUGGCCUUUAUUUCGCUGAAUGCUCCUGUCAGCCGUCCUUACUUCCUGUUGUGUAACAAGGAAAUAAAGUCAAGUAAAAGAUGAAUAAUGACAAAUCCUGAAACUAUGUGGAAUUGCUCAUGUAGGAUCAGGGAGAAGGGUGGAGAGUGAAGAUCUGGAACAAGA